AUGCCGGAAAAAAGAAUGCAUAAUAAUAAUUUUGAUGCUUUAAACAUUAGCAUUCUUUUUACUCCUUCAAAUUUUGGAAUUGGAGGAUAUUUUUAUCCCAAUUUAGUUGAUGCAAGAGUUGGAGAUAAUAUAAUAUUUGAAAAAACUACAUCCUUCGGAAGUUCUCGAAUUGUUGAAGCCAAUGAGAAAGGGUCUUGUGUAAGAUCUAACAGACCUGAUGCAUACGUUGUAGACAUACCAGAUAACGAUUCAAGAGCUACAUUACAACUCACAAAGUCUGGGACAUUUUUUUUGUUUGAUGAUGGAAUUAAUGAGAGUUGUAUAAGUUAUGUUCAGUGUGAACUUGAUUUGGAACUAUUGGUGGUGGAUUAUUUGCUUUAG